AUGGAUGUUGAUCGUUCAAUCGUUGUAGAUGUAGGUGCAAUCAACGGAGUCAUCGGGGCUCCGCUGGAGAGCGGCUCCGGAAGUCGUCCAACGGGUCCGGAGGCCCCCAAAACCCGGGCAUGUGCCAAUUGUGCCCGGCUGAAGAUGAAGUGUCGAUGGCCCGAGUCUGGGGCCGGCAAGGGGGAUAUCGGUUGCAUAAGAUGUAACCGCAUGAAGAUUUCAUGCCAUGUGCCGGCCCCGGUACAGCGGAAGAAGCGAGGCAAAUCAACGCGAGUGGCUCAGUUGGAGAAGAAGAUUGACGGCUUGGUGUCCAUGCUUGCGACGGGUCAGCACAUGCAGGCGUCUGGAACACCACCCUUGACUCCUGAAAGUAACGAUACUGGUACGGUUACAAUCAGCGAUGCACCCAAAUUACACCUGCAAAAACCGUUGCAAGAUGCUGCGCUGCCACAGCCAGUUACGCGUGAAGCUCCGCAGAUACCACUCACCAUUCCGUCUGAGCCGGCAACUACCUUUCAGUUGAUCCCGGGCUUUAGCUUUACUUUUGAAGAGGUGCUUUCUUACUUUGACAUAUACCGGCGCGAGUUUAUGCCGAAUUAUCCCUUUGUCGUCAUUCCGGAGAAUCUGGAUCCUCGCGCCUUGUAUGCGUCGUCGCGAUGUCUCUUUUGGACCAUCAUGGCGGCGGUCACGCCGCAGUCGUCGGCGACUCAGCAAGGUGUUGAGAACUGGUUUCGGCAGUAUAUUGCAGACAGAAUGGUUGUGAAGCAAGAAAGGAAUUUGGGAAUCUUGCAGGCUCUUCUCCUUCACUUGGCUUGGGGCGAUUUUCACUUCUACAUGAAUACGGAAGCGACAAAUUUUGUGCACCUGGCUGUAGCCAUGGCCCUAGAUCUCAAGCUAGACAGGUCCCCAGAGUCUACCAAGAUGCAUCCCAAGUCUCUGCUGGGAGAAGCUUGGGCAACACUCAACAAGGGCAUGUCGAAGCCAAGGCCGCACUCUGCCGAUGAGAAGCGGGCAGUUUUGGGGCUUUACCACAUUACAUCACUCAUAUCUGCCCUGUUUAAGCGAGGCACCCAAUUUCCUUGGAACAACUAUCUUUCGCAAUGCUGCGAAUCGUUGGCUGAAUCUUCUUUGGAAUCUGACUUAUUUCUGGUUGCGCUCAUUAAAAUGCAGCGCGUCGCUGAUCGUGCCUACGGCUUGCUGCCUGGCUUUGAUGUGGUUGACGUUGGGCUGAGUGCCUAUUUGUCGCCUAUGGAUAUGGUCAUUAACAAUGUUCGUCGAGAACUCUAUGACUUGAUAAGCAUGCAGCCAGAGUGUGUCAAGGAGAGGCACAUCUUCAAAGCGUAUUAUCAAGUCACUCUCAUGCGCCUCGCCGAGGCAGCAAUUCCCACGCAAUUCACUACGCCCGUCGAAAUGGGUACAUUGAAUCCAGAACCGCUGCAACGCUUCGAUACCCUCUGGAAAUGCCUUCUCGCCGCCGUCGACUUCUUCGACACGCUCUGCUCGUUUCAUCCCAACGAGCUGCCCGGUCUUCCCACCUCAGUUACGGGACUUCUCGCUUUUGCCAUUGUCACCAGCUCCCGUUUGCUCCUAUUAGAACCCUCAAUAGACUGGCAGCCUACAAUGGCGCGCAGAAAACUCGAAUUUGCAGACGUGAUGAAGCGUCUCAGCGACCGCUUCGAGGACGCAGAUACAUGGGCCAAGGAAGCUGGCCGCAGACGCCGCCUUUUAGAUGGCGGCGGCACCCAGUUUUGCAGACUCAGCUUCAAGCUUCGGUGGAUUCGCCAGUGGUAUCUCUCGCGGGUUCCGCAGGAGCAGCCGGUGAUGGCGGAGACACAGCCGCCUGGAGAGCCGCUCACGGACCCGGAUGCUGUGUUUUGGCAAGAGUAUGAGUUUGAGGAUGCGCUUUGGCCGGAUUUCAUGACCAUGUAUAAUCCAAAUUUUAUAGCAGCUCCAGGGACUGAGACAUGA